AUGAGCUUUUAUCCAAGUAGCUCCCAAGCAUCAUCAAAACAAGAUCACUACACAGCUCCGUUGCCACCGCUGCCAUCACGACGAGGACAAUCAUCACAGCACUCGACAAAUCGAAGCAACACCUUGGAUCACCCACAGGACGAGCCGCCACCUUAUUACUUGACACCCCGGGGAUACUAUAUGGGUCAAGAUGCAACAGCCAUCGAGAACAAAAAGAAACGGAUACAUGUGAAUAAUGCAGCCGCUGAAGCAAGCAGUUGUAGUAAUUCUCAUUACCUUGAAGAAACAAUACCGAUGCAACAGCAACAGCAGCGAGACGUGAUGCCACCCUAUUCCUCUUCAAUACUCAAUGAAAGUCGACAAAAAAACACAUGCUGUGGAUCCUCGCAGGCAUCAUGUUGGCGAGUGUUUUGGUUGAUAUUAUCCAUUGUCAUCCUGAGUGCUGGUAUUGGUAUGGUUGCAGGCUCGGGUGCAUUGAAGAACGUAUGCGAUGUCGAUUGUGGUGGAGGAGUGGAUAUCAAACCAGGUGUCGUUGAUCGCUGUUCGGUGGUAUGUGCUGAUGGAUGGCAAAAAGGGUUGUUGUACGGUGGUAUUGUCGUAAUGAUCCUUUCUGGUCUAUGGACCUUGUGGUUGCUGUUGAUUUGCUGCAUCAAUCCAUGUAUUCAACGUAGACAAAAGAGAAAAGAACAUCAUCAGCAAAACGAUAUACACAACCCCCACAUUUGA